AUGGAGACCCGGGGACCCCAGCCGGCUUUGCGGACUCUGUUGUGGCUCCUGGUCGGCGCGUGGGUCUCAGGUCCUGCCCAUGGGAUGCAAGUCACGGUGCUGAACCCUUUCAAUGUGGUGAUCCUCUUCCAGCCUGUUACCCUGCAGUGCAACUAUCAGACCUCAGCCACCCAGCCGCCCAUCGUAACCUGGAAGUAUAAGUCGUACUGCCGGAGCCGCCUGGCUGAUGCCUUCAGCCCUAGCAGUCAGGAGAACCAGAUCAACAACCAGCUGCAGCAGAACAAUCCCGGCUAUAACCCCUAUGUGGAGUGCCAGGACAACACUCGCACCGUGCGGGUGGUGGCUACCAAGCAGGGCAACGCCGUGACGCUGGGGGACUUUUAUCAGGGGCGUCGGAUCACCAUCACCAACAAUGCCGACCUCAGCAUUGACCAGACAGCCUGGGGCGACAGUGGUGUGUACUACUGCACCGUCACCUCUUCACAAGACCUGCAGGGCAACAACGAGGCCUACGCUGAGCUCAUCGUGCUGGGCAAAUCAUCCGAAGUCUCAGAGCUUUUGCCAGGCUUUCAGAUAGGGCACAUGGAAGACUGGCUCUUCGUCAUCCUGGUGGUGCUGGGAUUCCUUCUCAUCCUCCUCCUCUUCGGCAUCUGCUGGUGCCAAUGCUGCCCCCACACCUGCUGCUGCUACGUCCGGUGCCCCUGCUGCCCUGAGAAGUGCUGCUGCCCAGAAGCUCUCUAUGCCGCUGGAAAAGCUGCCACUGCCGGCGUCCCCAGCAUUUAUGCUCCGAGUGUCGGUGCCCCCAGUAUCUACUCCCACCCAAACCCCAUGAAGCUAGGUCCUCCCGCCACCACGAUCCCCAUGGGCCCCAUGUCGCCCAUGUACAACGGCUAUGGGGCAGAGUACGACAGAGCCAGCUCCGUUGGAGGGAACAGCUCCCAGGUGCCCCUGCUCCGGGAUACCGAUAGUGGUGGGAACUCAGCAGUGCGGAGCGGAUACCGGAUCCAGGCUAACCAGCAGGACGACUCCAUGCGGGUCCUUUAUUACAUGGAGAAGGAGCUGGCCAAUUUCGACCCUACGCGGCCGGGCCAGGCCAAUGGCAAGCUGGAGAAAGCCUCAGUGAUGAGUGAGAUCAGCUCCCUCCACGAAGACGAUCGGCGCCAGGAGCUGCGCCAGGGGCUGGGGCGGCUGCGGAGCCGGCCCAUGUCACCCAUCAGCGACGUGGGGGAGGGGGAGAGCGGGCGGGGCAGCGAGACCCGGCGCCUCGUCCCCCCUCCCCGGCGGGGCGAACGCUAUGAGGAGGAGCACUACGCCCGGCGGCCCCGCUCCCACUCUGUGGAUGACCUGGACCGCGACUGGUCCCCGCAGCCUGAGGGACGGGGUAGGGGGCGGGGCAGGCAGCAUCGGGACAGCUCCCCCGACUGGCAGGAGGAGGAGUACUACGGCCAGCGGCGCAGCCGCAGCAGGGACGACCUGCGGGAGCUGGAUAGGGGCCACUACGACGGGCGGCUCCUGCAGGAGGCGCUGCGCAAGAAGGGGCGGGCCGGCAGCCGCGAGGACCUGGAUGGGGGCAGCGGGUCCAGCGCACGAUCGGGGCACAGGAGGGACCGGGAUGAAGAUGGCUUCCCCCCACCGCCGCCACCCUACACAGAAACCGAGUCGGUCUCCUCCCGGGGCAAGAACGACCGCAAGCUCCGACGGAAUCAUGACCUCAGCAGAGAGAGCUUGGUGGUUUAA